UUAAGCACAAUCUUAUAGGUCCUUGAUUCAGUCCGAUCAAUUGAAAUAGAAAUAGAAAAUUCCAUCAAUAAAAAAAGAAAAAUUCAAAACAAGGUUACACUCUUGCAAGUGAAAUGAUAGUAUUUCAGUGGUUAGAUUUUUGUUAUAAUCAUUGCUCACUCAUAAUUAUUGAAAAUUAAACUUGAAAAGCUGUGAAGUGUGCAUAUUUAUUAUAAAUUUGUUAUUUUCAAUCGUACAGUUUAUCGGAUUUCCAUAAAUUUUUGAAGCAGAGAAAAGGGGUACGAUUUUCAUGAUGAAACUGGUUUUUUAUUUGUUUAUCUUGAAUGAAACUUAACCUACAAAACAUUGAGUUUACUAUUUUGAUAUUUGUGUGACAUUUGUCUCGUGAUAUUCCAAGAUUGACCAGAAGUUCUGGUAAUAUUUUUUUUUGGAUCUGAGAAUGAAUUAAGUCUUCGUUCUUGAAUAAAAUGUUCGAGCAUUCUGUAAGAGUUCCAAGACAUUUUAAAAUAGCAGCAAAUAUUGUCCAGAAAGUUACUGAAGAGGGUGGAAGUGUCAAAACUUUGCUAUACGAUAGCAAACUGAAACAUUUUAGGACUAGUGUUCUUUACGCACUGAUCAAUGAAAGUAUUAAACAUGCGGCCGAUAUCCAAAAAAUGUUUGAAAGCACCGGUAUAUUGGUAAACGAACCUCGUUUAGACCCUUGGCUGGCGAAAGUUCUCACUGCAGAACUUAUUUAUGGGAAAAAGUCACUGCCAAGCAAAAGCAAACCGGAACAAACAAUAUUAUCUUACAAAGAGAGAUUUGAGAAAUUCACACCUGAAGUUCAAGACGAUCAGAAAUCUAAAGUUGUUCGCAGACCCCGCUACGUUCGCGUAAACACGAACCUUCUUACAACUUCUGACGCUAUAAGAGCCUUCCAAGACGAUGGCUACAAAUUCAUCAGGUGCACAUCAGGUUCCUACAAUGACUAUCUACAGCAAAUACAAAACCUGACUGAGUAUGACUUCACGCAGGAUUAUCAUGUGAAGACGAUAUUCGUAUUCCCGCCUGGCACUAAGUUGCAUGAGCAUGACUUGUAUUUGGAGAACAAGAUUAUUUUACAGGAUAAGGCAACAGCUUUGGCAGUGCACCUGCUAGCAGCUCCACCGGGAAGUGUAGUCUUAGACAUGUGCGCAGCUCCCGGCAUGAAAACCACGCAACUAGCAGCAUAUUUGAGAAAUCAGGGAAAAAUAUAUGCAGUGGAAAGAAACGAAAAGAGAUACGAGACACUCUGCCAAUACGUUGAAGCGACCGAGUCUAAGUGCGUGGAAACUCUUCUAAAAGACUCUUUGGAGAUCAGGAGAGGGGAUCUUGAUGAUGUUGAAUACAUCCUCCUCGAUCCAAGCUGUUCGGGAUCAGGCAUGGAACUCAGCGUCCACAACUAUAUCGAUGAAACGAGGCUGGCUAAACUCACGUCUUUACAAGAGAAAUUCUUAAAGCAUGCAAUGAACUCGUUUCCGAACGCAAAGCGAAUAGUAUACAGCACAUGUUCGAUGUUUCCAGAAGAAAACGAGAGGGUAGUUACAAAUAUUGUCAAAGCUUCAAGAGCUAAAUGGAGAGUUAAAGAUGUAAAAGAACUUCUUAAAGAUCAAUGGAAUAACUUUGGUUCUGGAAUGUAUGGCAGUAUGGGAACAAGAUGCCUUUACGCCAAACCCGAUACUGAUUUGACUAUUGGUUUCUUUUUGGCAGUUUUAGAUAAAGACUUAAGAGAUAAUGAAAAACAACAGGAUGAUAAUAAUAUGGCAAAUAAUCAUAAUAAAAAAGACCAGAAGUUUAAAAAUAAAAGUACACAAAACGAGGAUGUCAAUGACGUACAAAUUGAACAAUGUGAAACAAAAAAUGAAAUUGUUGAAGAAAAAGACCUUACAAAAAACUAUAAAGAACAUACUGCUAACCCUGAAGUUUCCGGAGAAUUGAAUUAUGAAAAUAUUCCGAAAACUAAGAAGAAAAAACGUAAUAGGGACAGUAAAAAAUUUGAAAUACCUGUAGAAGAAUAUGAAAUUUCAGAAUCUAAAGAAAUACCCUCAGAUGCUAUUAAAAUUGAGUUAAAUACAACAAAAAAAAAGAAAAAGAAAAAUAAAGACAAGAGUUUUGAAAUCUGUGAAUCAUCUGAAAACAAUAAAUCACUUGAAAUCAAUGACGAAAUCGAAAUUUCAUACAAGAAAAACCGAAAGAAACGUACAAAUGACUCUGAAGCUGUAACAGAAACAGAAAUUACAAUUACUAGUGAUACAGAGAAAAUUAAUACACCUGAAAUAAACACAUCCGUUGAAAUAGAAACAACAAAAAAGAAACGUAAAGAUCGCCGCAAGGAAUCAUUAGUAGCUGUGAAAGGAACAAUAAUAGAUAUUUCUUUAGAUAUAGAGACGGAAAAUGCUUCUAAAGAAAGCAAAAAAAGAAAAAAUCAAAAAGACACUUCAAUAACAUCCGUAAGUGAAAAUGAACAACUGAUCAUUUCUAAUAAUAGAGAAACAUUAGAAAGUGAUAAAUCAUUUAAAGAUAGUAAUAAUGUUGAUAAAGUGGAAAAAACUAAAAAAAGAAAACAAAAGUUCCAUGAAGAUGUUGUUAAAGACUCGAUUUCGAAUACGGCAGAAGUUGACGAUAGCAGUUGUAAAACCGAAAAAAAGUCUAAAAAGAAACAUAAACAUCGGGAGUCAGAUACAUUGGAAACUGAAGAAAAGAAAGCAGAUAUCAAAGAUCAUGAACUAACAGCUAAUCAUUCUUUUGAGGUCCCUAAAAAUAAAAAGAAAAAGCGAGAUACAGAAAUUAUUUGAUAACACUGUUGUGUUUUUUAA